CAAACUUUACGGCACUAAACCGGAACAUGAAAUGUAAACAUCCGGGUUUUGCACCAAUGAAAGGGCUGCAAGCUGCCGGUGGUUUCAGUCGUCCCAGCCAACAGCACUGUGCGGAUGUUUGUAUCAGUGUCACGGCCACCGCGUGCACUUGGACUGAAGUGCCUCAAGCAGCGUCGUCGCAGGGAUAUGUGACUGUGCUCUUCAGUGGAUGUUUCUCAGUGUCGUCCUACUCAGUGCAAUAGACGCUCCUACCACUAAGAGGUAGAGGAAUAAACCACUCUACUCAUCUGUUUCUCAGAUUGGCUGCUAUGAUAAAGGACACCGAUUAAAGCAGAAGAGGAUGAGUACCAGGAGAAGAGGUGGAAAGCCAAACAGAGGAGGAGGGAGGUUUAACAAGCCCAGAGGUGGCGGAGGGGGUGGAAGCAAAAAAGGAGGCAGUGUGCGAUGGGAUGAUGAUGACGAUGAUUUCAGUCUGGAUUUUGGACCACCUCGUUCCAGCAGACCUGGCAAAGGACGAGGUGGCAGCAGCAACAGCCACUCUAGUAGUAGGGAUGGAGGUAGAGGUAGAGGAAGGGGAAGGGGAAGAGGAAGGGGCGGGGGAGACAGGAGUCACCAGACACCCGCACCUUUUAAAAGCAGCAGGCCCCUGCCGAGUUCACUGGCAAGAAUCAGGCCAAGUCCAAUAACAGGAGAGAGCAGCAGGCAGGUGAGCAGCACCAUGCCCAUGCAGAAGAUCUUCAUGACCAGCGAGAAUCAAAAACAACUCAGGGAGCUCCUGAGGGAUCUGCAGUCUCUGGAUCCUAACGAACCCUUUGAUGAAUAUGGCUCAGAUUAUUCAGAGGAAGAAGAAGAGGAGGAGGAGGAAUAUGAUGAGUUGGAUCACCGUGAAGAUGGUCAGUUUUGGGCCACAAAUGAUGAGCCAGUGGAGAGAGCAGAUAGCCCCAUGUAUGAUCCAGAGUCUGAUGAUGAACGACCCGCCCCUGAACCUGUCAUCUCCUUAUUUGCUAUAGGAAAACUCUGCAGAUAUGGUUUUGACCGGGAGCGCAGCAAGGUGGCGCUGCAGUGUAGUGGAGGUGAUUUUGGAGCAACUUUGGAGCAGCUUCUUCACCAGGUUUUCAGAGAGCGCUUUGGCCGGGAAGCUGUCACUCCCGAUGGUCUUGAGGCAGUUCCUAUGGAUGAGUGCUUGAACCAGAGGCAGGAGGAAGCCCUGGCUUUAACUGCCAUCUUUGGCGAGCGAUUCACCGAGCGAAUUGCUAACACUGUGUGGUCGAUAACGCUUGACUUCUCGCUGUUCUCACUGAGCGGUAAUAAGAUUGCUCAGGACGAGAGUCGAGGCGGAGAGAGAUCUGUCAAUAACCGUGAAAUAUGCAAGUUCUACUUAAAAAGUAAAGGCUGUCGCUUCGGGGACAAAUGCAGGUUUAAACACCAGAUUCCCAUUACAGACAGGUCUGGAGCUGGUUCCCCAGAUCUCACAAGUCCAAGCCAGCCUGGAUUCAGCAGCUAUUCUCCCCCUGAGUAUGAGCUAGAGAUUCGUUUCCCUAAAGGGAAUCGAUACCCAUUUCAGGCACCUAUAGUUGCGUUCAGCACCAACGAUGAGUCUAUGCGACCUGCAGGGCGUCUCACGGUGACUGAGAAGUUAUACGAGCAGGCCCUGGACGCAGCAAAGAUUAGUGAACCUAUCGUUUACACUCUGGCCACGUUGUGUGAAGAUGAAGCUUCCAUGAUGGAACUUCUGUCUGUCAGUCAUCACAAAUACAGCACACCACCACCUGUCGUAGCCGUAUCUACGCCCUCUUUAACCCCAGCUAAGAGCAAAACUUCAAAAAGCAACACUUUUGAGGAAACCAAAAAUCCUACUAUCAGUAGUGAAAAUACUCACAACAGAAGAACUCCCCCAUCCAGAAACCAAAGACCGUCGGACUUGCCAGAAGAGCUGGAUGAGAAGGAGGAAGGUCAGGAUCGGGAACAGGAAGCCGUUCCAGUUCACAGUGAAAGUUACGCCAGUUUGAGAAAGAUGGUGAAAAAGCACAGUAUCAAGUUUGAGAACUUACUGCAAGAGAACCGCAAGCUAUGCCGAGAUUUCCAAAAGAAGAAGUCAUCCAGGCGCUUCCUUUCCAUGCUGGAGCAGAGGAAAAGCCUGCCGGCUUGGCAAGAGAAAGAGAACAUUCUUGACCAGCUGGAGGCGUGUCAGGUGCUGGUUAUCAGUGGAAUGACAGGGUGUGGUAAAACAACUCAGAUCCCUCAGUUCAUUCUGGACGCCUCACUGAGUGGCCCCGCCAGUCAUGUAGCCAACAUCAUCUGCACUCAGCCCCGUCGUAUUUCUGCCAUCUCCGUGGCUCAAAGAGUGGCUCAGGAACGUGCCGAGAAUCUGGGGAACUCAGUGGGAUACCAGAUCCGACUGGAGAGCGUCAGAUCAUCUGCCACCAGACUCCUCUACUGCACUACAGGCGUGUUACUGAGGAGACUUGAGGGUGAAGCUGACCUCAAGGACGUCACUCAUGUUAUUGUGGAUGAGGUGCACGAGCGCACGGAGGAGAGUGACUUCCUGCUGUUGGUGCUCAAAGACCUGAUUUUGCAGAGGCCAGACAUGAGGAUUAUCCUCAUGAGUGCAACACUGAACGCCAACCUUUUCUCUGAAUAUUUUUACAACUGCCCAUCUGUCCAUAUUCCAGGACGCACGUUUCCUGUCGACCAGUUUUUUCUUGAAGAUGCAAUUGCUAAAACUGGCUAUGUCAUUGAGGAUGGCAGUCCUUAUCUGCGCUCAGGGAAGCAGAAUCAAUCUUUUACAGCUGGAAAAACAAGCAAGGUACCAGUCAGGGACGUAGUGGACGACUUGGCUGACGACGCAUGGAACUUCAUGUCUUUUUAUAAGAAGGAUUUUAUCAAAGACUCGGUGCCAGACCAGCAACUCAGCCUCCAGGAUCUCACAAUCAGAUACAAAGACACCAAGAAAUCUGUGCUGAAGACCAUGUCAGCAAUGGACCUGGAUAAGAUUAACGUGGAUUUGGUGGAAAACCUCCUGGAGUGGAUUGUCAGUGGGAAACACAACUACCCUGCAGGGGCAGUAUUGGUGUUUUUGCCAGGCCUGGCUGAGAUCAAGAUGCUGUAUGAACAACUGCAGUCCAACAGAAUGUUCAAUAACAGAGGCUCAACCAGGUGUGUGAUUUAUCCUCUUCACUCGACUCUGUCCAACGAGGAUCAGGAGGCUGUUUUCAGCAAACCUCCAGAGGGCGUCACAAAGAUCAUCAUCUCCACCAACAUUGCCGAGACGUCUGUCACCAUUGACGACGUGGUUUAUGUCAUCGACUCUGGCAAGAUGAAGGAGAAAGGUUACGACGCAUCUAAAAGCAUGGAGAGCCUGGAGGAAUCGUGGGUCUCUCGGGCCAACGCGCUGCAGAGGAAGGGUCGAGCCGGUCGCGUGGCCUCAGGCGUCUGUUUCCACCUCUUCACCAGCCACUGCUUCCAACACCACUUGGCUGAACAACAGCUGCCUGAGAUCCAGCGAGUGCCUCUGGAGCAGCUCUGCCUGCGGAUCAAAAUCCUGGAAGUGUUUGCCGAACAACCACUGGAGUCUGUAUUCUCUCGGCUCAUUGAGCCUCCGGCUAUGGGAAGUGUGGAUAUGGCAAAGCAGCGCCUGCAGGACCUGGGAGCUCUGACUGCAGACGAGAGGCUAACACCGCUAGGCUACCACCUGGCCAGCCUGCCUGUGGACGUGCGCAUUGGGAAACUGAUGCUGUUUGGUGCCAUCUUCCGUUGCCUCGACCCAGCUCUCACCAUCGCCGCUAGUCUGGCCUUCAAAUCACCAUUUGUAUCUCCCUGGGAUAAACGUGAGGAAGCCACUGAGAAGAAACUUGGCUUUGCAGGAAACAACAGUGACCACAUUGCUUUGUUAAAGGCCUACAAGGGAUGGUGUUCUGCUGCGAAGAAUGGUUACAAAGCCAGUUCUGUUUACUGCAGAGAGAACUUUCUGUCGUGGCGGGGCUUACAAGAGAUCGCCAGUCUCAAGAGGCAGUUUGCCGAGCUGCUGUCUGACAUUGGCUUCAUCAAGGAAGGGCUGAGGGCCAGGGUGAUCGAGCGCAUGUCAUCUAAUGCCUCGGAUGGAGUUCUAGAAGCUACUGGCCCUGAGGCCAACCUGAAUUCAGAAAAUCUUCGUCUGAUGUCUGCCAUGAUGUGUGCUGCCCUCUAUCCCAACGUGGUCCAGGUACAAGCCCCUCAGGGAAAUUACAAAAUGACCAGCACAGGAGCAAUGAAGAUGCAGCCGAGAGCCAACGAGCUCCGCUUCAUGACCAAGAACGACGGCUGCGUUCACAUCCACCCUUCAUCUGUUAACUACGCGGUCCGUCACUACGACAGUCCUUACCUGGUUUACCACGAGAAGGUGAAAACCAGCCGCGUCUUCAUCAGAGACUGCAGCAUGGUGUCGGUCUACACGCUGGUGCUGUUCGGAGGUGGACAGGUCAACUUGGAGCUGCACAAGGGGGAGUUCAUCAUCUCCCUGGACGAUGGAUGGAUCAGAUUUGCUGCUGCAUCUCAUCAGGUGGCCGAGUUGGUGAAAGAGCUGCGCUGGGAGUUGGACCAGCUGCUCGAGGACAAAAUCAGAAACCCCUGCAUGGACCUGUGCAACUGUCCUCGAGGCUCCCGCAUCAUCCACAUGAUCGUGCGCCUCAUAUCUACAGAGUAGCCCUGUGAACCUGCCCCUCCUGCCCCUUCAUCUCAAGGGCUUUAAUGCGAUGAUGUCUCCUUGUCCUGCGGCUAAUGCUGCACGGUACAUGUAAAUACGCUGAAACUGACUGACAUUUCUGCCACCUGCCACUUUAUCAGUUUACACUCGGCUCUUAUUGUGCUGCCACUGCUUUCAAAAGCUUUAAAAGAAAACAGGUCGUCAACAAACUUCCACAAGUUCAAUCGCAGAAAUGGAAGAGACACUUAAGCCAAGUUUUUUUUCUCCUGACUAGAUGCUGGGAAAACUCUUGAUGAUGUCACACUGUACGUGCAAUGAAUUUACUUGCACUGAUUGUUAAAUUUGAUACCAGGUACAGGUUAUAAACUGUAUACUGUAGUUCUUUUUAAUCUCACCUAUGUCUUCCUCACAUGUGAGAUUUGUUUUUGAGUCCAUAUUGGACUUCGUCAGUGUUGUGGGUUUUUAUUUAUGAUGCAUGAUUGACACGUCCAAGAUUGUCUGCAUGAGAAUCCGUAUCUAAACACAGAUGGAAUUGAACAGAAACUUUACAGCAACAGUGGAACAACACUUUUGAUCAACGUAAAUGAAAAGGCUCUUCGUAAAUCUGUAGAGCCUGAGGGGAGUCGCCAAAGAAUUUAACAGUAUAUUGUCUUUGCAAGUACGUCUUCAACUGUAAUUCACGCUGCAUUAACAAUAAAAAAAGGGGCAAAUAUAUGU